CACGGGCUCGUGUCGCGCGCUGAUCUCACUGCAUCUCCUGCAGCUGCAGCAGUGCGGGAUCACCGGACUGUCCGAGAGGAACUUCCGCCGCGCGGAGUGAUGCUGCUGCUGCAUGCGUGUCGCGAGCGUCUGCAGGCGUGAAUCACGCGCACCUGCAUUUGCUGCAUCUGCGACUCGAAGUUCCUCUGGAAUCUUCUGCUCAUUUUCUGCAGGAGCGUCGCUUCAUGAUGGACUUUCACUGCGCUGCACUUCUGCUGCUCGGCUCUCUGUCAGCGGUCAGUGUUUCUGCGGAGCAGGAGGUGGAGAAUCUCUCCGGACUGUCAUCGAAUCCUGACCGGGAGAUUUUUGUCGUCCGAGAAAAUGGAACGACCUGCUUGAUGGCGGAGUUUGCGGUGAAAUUCCUGAUUCCAUACGACGUUCUGGCGCUGAACGGAAUCGACCUGAUAACAGAGCAGGUGUCCGUGACGAUCCCACGCGGAGCUGAGAUUGCGGGGAAAUGCGGGAACACCGACUCGGAGCUGCACAUCUCAUGGAACGAUCACGCCUUCACAUUCCGCAUCUUCUUCUCAAAGGAGAAACACACGAUGGGCAGUGAUGGAAAAGCUAAAGAAACUGAAGUGUGGAAGAUAAACAAGGUUCAGCUGGUCUAUGACACUUCAGAGGCGACGCACUUCAACAGCGCUUAUAAUCCGGGGAAACACACUGCCAGCACACACCGUCUGUCAGCGCUGGUGACUCCCGCCGGACGCUCGUACGUGUGCACGGCUCAGCAGACGCUCACCAUGAUCUCCAGCGACCACCAGAAGGGAAUCACCGUCUCCAUCUACGACAUCCAGAUUCAGCCCUUCGACAUCAAGAGCGACUUUGUCUUCAGUGAACCGUAUAAAUGCAUAACGGACCAGCGCGAGCAGCUGGAGCAGAUGCUGCCGCUGGUGUUGGGUCUCAUCCUGGGCCUCAUCAUCGUCCUCACCAUCUCCGUUUAUCACUUCCACCUGAAACUGAGCGCGCAGCAGCCGCAGCUGCCCCGGGACCGAUCGCUCUACAAGAACAUGUGAAGACUCUCACUGCACACGCCAGUUCCCUCGCCAUACGUCACGUCUGUUAUGCUCCAGUCCAAUCAUCUUAAUGCACAUUAUUACAACUCUUGUUUUCUGUGUUUCGAGUGUCUCGUAGGAUGUUAAAUGUCAAACGCCAUCGUCCUGUAACUGCUGCACUCAUCAUGUGUGUGUCGUUUUCCACACCAAUGUCCGGCACUGUAUAAAAUAGAGAUAUAUAAAUUGCUUGAAGGAUAUAAAUAAGGUACAAUGAUUAUUGCAUAUUAUUUUAGGAUUCUAAAAUGUUUUAUGAUUUACAAAAUGAGACAAUGAGAAAAUAAAUGAUUUUGUGUCCAUGUA